GUUUACAAGAUGUGUGCCGUCGUCAGUGCCGGUCGAACUAUCGAACGCGAAAUACCAUCUCUCGGGUUUCCAGUGCAAGUGCUGCCUCCUUACGGUUGCUCUCAUCGUUUGUUUGUGAUAUAAACCAUUCUGCUUCCUUCCGGACUCUUCCACCCACUUUGAAGGAGAGCAACCUCGUAUCCCGAGUCAGCCAACCGGCGACAACGACAGAGCAUCAUCACAGUGACGGUGGUAUUCAUCUCUCGAGUGCCACGGCUAGGGGGUUUCAUUAGAUUCUCGAGUGUUGACGGCGUCGGACGUGUAAGCCACUAAGAGCGCAUCCGGUUUUUCGAGCUUAGGCUACCCAGUUCGGUUGCGGUCCGUGCGGUGAAAGUGUAACAACUACCUAUUCAUUUUAGUGCUUAAAACUCUAUCACCCUCGUGUGUGGUGAUUGUCAUCAACGUCUUCAGCAUCCAUCGAUAUCAGUGUACAGUGGUUCAGGAGUUACCUUUGAAGGAGUGCUUUGCUGUGUCAAUUUGAGGAAAUUUGAUUUAUUGGACUACGUCAGCGGAUAAAAUUAGAAAACUAACCGUAUCGGGCAAUUGACUCAAGCCGUCGGAAAACAAAGGACAUCUCGUUUAAUCGGUGCAGUUUAGUGCAUAAUCAUCACAAAUACACACAAUAGAGUCAUCGUUUGCUAGGCUAAGGAAGGAGGUGCUGGAUCUGCUGCAGCCAGGCAGGAGCGUACCUUCGUUCGCAUCAUACACAAAGGAAACUCUUGGAGCGUGUAGUACAAAACAUCUGCAGAAAAAGAGCUGCACUACUCCUAGUGUAGUAAGAUCGACUUAACCGCAAGUGAAUAAGUGGAAGAAAAGAGAGUGUUAUGAUUGUGUAAUAUAAAAUCCUGCGGUUACGUUAGAAGAGCACAGAAGAAAAAAAACACUGGAAAAUGAGUGUGUCGUGUUCGGUUACGUCGCUCCAUACAUCCAGUGAUUGAGUUUCAACCGGUAGCCGGCACGCCAGUGAAAAGAACCCUAUAGCCAACUAAUGCAUCGUUAAGCAGCAAGUCAAACAGAUAAAUUCAAAUAAACUACUACGUGUUAGCUCUCGGCGUAUUUGCCACCGUGAAAGAUGAUAUAAGCUAUUGUUUGAUGUUCGUGGUGAAGGACAAACUAGUUCUGAAAGCACGCAUAAACUGCUGCCAGCCACUAGAUAGACACAAUGAACGGGCUUAAUCAACUGUAGCCAGUAGCAGUGCGAGCAGCACUCAGAAAGUUAAGUAGUGAAAAUUAAUUUCCCUCCAAAAGUAAUGGUACGACAUGAUUUCAACAACCAGUCCAUCCACUGAUGCAUCGCAGCUACAUUUGAACACAACGCUUGACUCAUGUGCACUUAAAUAUGACGAAUUUGUAAUACCAAACACAGUUCCUUACUGCAACUGGACAUGGGACGACGUCCUUUGUUGGCCCCCUACACCAGCGGGAAAGGCAAUCCGUCAACCGUGUCCCCCUGGGCACGGUAUAGAUACCACCAAAUUUGCCGAAAGGAGAUGCAGCGCCGAAGGGCGUUGGGAAGGUAGACCUGGAACUACGCCAACUACGCUAGGAUGGACCAACUACACACCAUGCUACAGCCCCGAGGUCAUUCAAUUAUUUAGGAAACUGUAUUCGGGCACCGGCGGGAACGACGAAGCUGAUAUCAAAAUUGAUAUUGCCGAACGAACUCGAACACUCGAAAUUGUGGGGUUCAGUCUUUCAUUAAUAGCGCUCAUUAUAUCGCUGGUGAUAUUUUGUAGAUUUCGAAGUCUACGCAACAACAGAACGCGCAUUCACAAAAACCUCUUCGUGGCCAUGGUAAUACAGGUGAUAAUUAGAUUAACGUUGUACAUUGACCAAGCAAUUAUUCGGAGCGGCAGCAAAGGAUACGGCAACGAAAGCUCCCGACAUGGCAUAGACAACACGCCGUACCUUUGCGAGGCCUCGUAUAUACUGUUGGAGUACGCCAGGACCUGCAUGUUCAUGUGGAUGUUCAUAGAAGGAUUAUAUUUACACAACGUGGUCACGGUGACAGUGUUCCAGGGCCGAUUCCCGCACACACUGUACGCACUGGUCGGAUGGGGAGGCCCGGUGGCACUGACCGCCAUUUGGGCUGUGACCACUGCCCAAUACGUAGGCCAGCAGAAAUGCUGGUGGGGAUACAACCUGACGCCUUAUUACUGGAUUUUAGAAGGUCCAAGAUUAGCUGUAGUUCUGUUAAAUUUCAUAUUUUUACUAAAUAUCAUAAGAGUGUUAAUAGUUAAGUUGCGCCAAAGCCACACAAGCGACGUUGAGCAAGUUCGGAAAGCAGUUCGUGCGGCUGUUGUUCUAGUGCCAUUAUUAGGUAUAACCAAUUUACUCAACAUGACUGAGGCACCGUUGGACAGAACAGCGCUGGAGUUUGCCCUUUGGUCGUACGUGACGCACUUCCUAACAUCGUUCCAGGGAUUUUUUAUUGCCCUACUGUAUUGUUUUCUGAACGGAGAGGUCCGAAUAGCGCUCAUGAAAAGCCUUAGCGUAUAUCUCUCCAUUAGGGGUCACCACGACUGGCCCGCCCGAAGGCCUUCAAUGUUUUCUGCAGCUUAUGGAACAGCUCCGGAAACGGAAGCACCCAACGCAGUAGAUUUGAAACGAAACAGCAACACCAGAACCAGUAGUAAAAACUGGAUUACAUUCUGCUUCAAAGUACAAAAGGAUCCCAGCCAACCGGCACCUGAGCCAGCACCACCCGAGUCAGUCAUAUUUGAUAUUUCAGAUUAAUUUAUGUUUUCUUAUUAAGUUUGUAUCACAAUUAAAGAAUCACAUUUUUAAAACUACCAAUCCCAUCCUCAAAAUAGCUAUGGUAUUCGAAAUUUCAAACUUCAGAAACAAUGAUGAAUCCUUAUGAAAAUGUGAUUCCUUUAGAAUUACACUAGUUUAUUUAACAAAUUCCAAUUAUUGUUUGUACUUAUGAAUUGAAUGCUACUCAUAAAUGAAUAUUUGAAAAUAACAAAUAUUCAUUGGUAGGUAGCUAUAUUGUGAUUUUUUUUAAUUCAUUGCAUCGAAUAAAAAACUAACAAAUCAUUUGUUCCAGGACAAGCGUGUGAUGUCUGCUUUGAUUAUGGCCCAUACUAACUCAUAGCUUUACCGAACCAAACAAAAUUCUAACUCAAACAAACCACAUCAUCGAACUUUUGUAGAGCUGCAAUUAAAACAAACAUGAACCGUGAUGCGAAACCGAGAGAAUUUAUAUUUGUUAGACUGUAAGAGAGGUGUUAUUUUUGUAAGGCCAAAAAAGAAACUACAAAGAAUCGUGUAGCUUUUUUUACUAAUUGAAUGUGAUAGCAAACUAACGAAAUAGGAAAAUCGAAACAAAACGUGCGAUUAAUAAAGUAUAUUUUAUAUAUCAGCCUAA